AUGGGCUCUUCUCCAUUACUCUCUUUCCUUGUUCUCACUUCUCUGAUGUUCUUGUUCGUCACCCUUUCCCAUUCUUCACAGUACGAUGUUGCUCAAGAACCAGCGCCUCCUGUUACGUCCAGGAAAAUCUCUCGCGAUUCUGAGAAAGUCACAAUGUCUUUAUAUUAUGAAUCUCUUUGUCCAUAUUGCAGCAGUUUCAUUGUAGGUCCCCUAGCUCAGGUCCUGGAGACUGAUCUCAUGACCAUUCUCAAUCUCAGACUGGUUCCAUGGGGAAAUGCUAUUCUAGACUCCAACAAUACCAUUGAGUGUCAGCAUGGGGAAGAUGAAUGCUAUCUGAACAUCAUACAUACUUGUGCCAUCAACCUCUGGCCUGAUUUGAAGAAGCACUUCAAUUUCAUCAAGUGUAUCGAAAAGCAAUAUAAAGCUCGUGAUAGAAAUGGAGCAGAAGAUUCCUGGGAAGUAUGUUCUGGUAAAUUGAGACUGUCUACACAAUCCAUGAAGACAUGCUAUGACAGUGGACAUGGAAAAAAGGUUUGGUUCAUCCACUGA